CUUACCAUGUGGUCGCUUUAUCGACGACUAAGCGCAAUUGACGCUAGACGAAAUGGUUCCAUCCCUGGCUGACUCGACACAGCGCUGCGCUGCAUGCAUGCAGAACAGCUGGCCUAUGCCAAUGGAUGUCAGACCUGCAACUUGCGCAAGCUUGCGUUCUGGAGAGAAGAUCUUCACUCAAAAGCACAGGAAUUUUGAGCUGAACUGGCGCCGACUUCUCCUUUCCAAAUCUGCUGUAUUGCUCUUAGCAAAGUGCUUCCUUGGAGUGUGCUUACUAUCAGCAUUGUGAUUGAGAGAGGUUUCUGAAGCGAGGAUUGUCAAUUCGAACAAUCUCAAGCAGCUCUUGAUGACAAGUGUACUGCCAGGGGCUCUCAGGGCGGCUGUGAUCCGCAAUCUCAAGCUCACAAGGCAAAGGAUUGACAUUUUGGAAGUUCAACUUAAGGGUCCCACUAGUCAGAGCACAGUCUGCAGCGGACACUUUUCUAAUCUUUUCACAUCAGCGAGAAUGGAGGGAAACGCAGCCAGCUAUCAAGAAAAGGUGGAGCGCACGCCUGGGGACAAGUUUCCGGAAGCAGACACGCGGCAGAAAGACCAUGAAAAGGACACGCACACAGCACAGCAUGAGAAAGUUAGGGAGAGCGAGGAGCUAGGGGGUCACACAGACGAGGCGCAAGCCGAAGCAGCGGCCAAGGCGGCUGCAUAUUUUGAGUUCAGGAAGGGUGCAAAGGAGGCACAGGACAAGGGGCCCGGCGAUCCAGAUGCAAUGAAGAAGACAGAGUGGGCCAACAAGCAGGGUGGUUAUACAGAUACGACUGCGCCAGACGUCCAGGAACAAUAGACAGAGUAGAUUCGAAGACUGGGACCUGAGAAGUAAUCUGACUAUAAGCAGACACAGUCGCUGGAGCGUCGAGUUUUAGGUUAGAAGAUUAAGGAUGUGAAGCGCAGUGAAGGAAACAGGGUCCGACCUCCUUUGCAGGAGAUAAGAGUACCGGAAUGUUGGAAUUUUUGGCAGUAAACCUCGUCCGGUUUCUUUGCACAUACGUAUCAGCGCAUGACUACACGAGCGACGGAAAGCUCAUGAUCAGAAGAUGUCGUUAUUGAAUAAAGUUUGGUUACAUGGACAGAAUCUCAAUUCCAUGCG